CUGGGAAGAAGGAGGUGAGGAAGAAGAAGGUCCAGGCGCCGUACAAUCUUCAUCCAACGAUCCACAACGGUGGAGUGACCCUAAUUGAAAAAUCAAUCGAUUGACGUGUAGCCGCAUCCUUGGUUGAGCAAUUAACUCACUCUCUAAUCUGCACCCGAUCUAUAUAUGUACUCCUAUAUAUCUUUAGCUAUUGUUAACUAAUAUCAUGAUGUCCACCAUGUAUGGCGCCCAUGCAUGCUACCUCUGCCGGUUGAACCAGACGGCGUCUAUCCAGACAGUCGCCUGCAUUCCAUUGAUGGGUGGUGUGCUUGAGCUGGGGACAACAAACACAGUUUUGGAGGACAAGGGCAUGGUAAACUGGAUCGGCACAUCUUUCUGGGAGCUGAAGUUCCCAACAUGCUCGAAGUCGGAGGAGCCGAACUCCAUCCCAUCAGUAGACGAUACUGGGGACGCUGACAUCGUGUUCGAUGUCCUCAACCAUAACACCAUGGCCAUGAUGAUACCCGGGGAACUUGAGCUAGGGGAGGUCGAGUGCCUAUCCGACGACAACCUUGAGCGAAUCACGAAGGAGAUCAACGGGUUCUACGGCCUCUACGAUGAGCUGGACGUGGGUGCUCUCGAGGAAAACUGGACCAUGGGUGGGUAUUUUGAGAUCAUGUCUUCGCCGGAAGUGCCGCCGGCGCCUGCCGCCACCAAUGGGAUCACUAAUGGUGCUGUCACUUUGAGCUCCGUUGAACCCUCUCGCUCAUCAUGCUUUACGGCUUGGAAGAGAUCGUGGGACUCGGCCGAAGACAUGGCUACGCUGGUCGCCAGGGAGACACAGAAGUUGCUGAAGAAAGCUUUGGCCGGUGGUGCAUGGGAAAAUAAUGGUGGCAACGACACCGCGAGAGCUCAGGAAAGUACCAACACCAAAAACCAUGUCAUUUCGGAGAGGAGGCGUCGGGAGAAGCUCAACGAGAUGUUUCUGAUUCUCAAGUCAUUGGUCCCGUCCAUUCACAAGGUGGACAAGGCAUCCAUCCUAGCUGAGACGAUAACCUAUCUCAGAGAGCUGGAACAGAAGGUGGAGGAGCUAGGAUCCAACAGGGCGGCCAGAACAACAGCUGUCAGAAAACGCCAUGAAGUCGGCGGGAAGAAGGUGUUAGCUCGUUCUAAGAGAAAGGCAUCAGAGCUCGGCGGGGACGACACGGAGAGGGUGCUCCCCAAGGACGAUGGCCUGAGCAGUGUCAUCAACGUCACCGUGACUGACAACGAGGUGCUCCUGGAGGUGCAAUGCCGGUGGAAGGAGCUGCUGAUGACACAAGUGUUCGACGCCAUCAAGAGCCUCCGCCUGGACGUGCUCUCCGUGCGCGCGUCGACGCCCGACGACCUCCUCGCUCUCAAGAUACGAGCUCAGUUUGCCGGUCCCGGCGUCGUGGAAACUGGGAUGAUUAGCGAAGCACUUCAGAGAGCUAUUCGCAGGCCAUGAAAGGAUGUUGUUGAAAGCGUGACACUGGUACCGUAGAUUCGUAAAUUUGGUGGCUAUCGGCAACCCUUCAUGAAGUUGAUAGGAGUAGCGACAGAUGUUGCUAAGAUGGUGAUUUCAGACUUACUGAUCUAUUAUUUUAUAAAAAAAUUUAUGAAUAAUUAAUAAAAUAGAUGCAUGCAUUGCCUAGA